GUAAAACAGGAAACACAUGCACGUAAUGACACCGACUCAAUACGCAGACUAAACACAGGGAUACACUGGUAGGAAAGAAUGAACACUAACCGAGGAAGAACAGAACCAAAAUUACAAUAAUAGAAAACACAAAACGCUGGGUCAAAAGGACCCAGGAUCAUGACAGUACCCCCCCCUCAAAGGCUGGCCCCAGACAGCCCAACAAGAAAACAAAAACAGCCAGAAAAACAGAAAACCCGACCAGGGCGGGCGGUGGGGGCCCAGGACAGAGGGCUCGGGACAAAACAAAACCAGUGCACAAGAGGGACAAAAACCACAACACGAGCCACCACCAAAAAACAACAACAAAAGACGCACACUGGAGCCCCAAAAAACAGAGUCCAAAACAGAAGAGUUCAGGGGGCCGGCCAGGGGGCCGACCGCACAGAAGUCCCAACAGUUCCGGGGGCCGACCGUGCGGAAGGCCACGGUGGCGAUGUGGACCCAGGUCAGGGGGCCGGCCCGGGGGCCGACAACCCCGGAGCCCGGACAGUUCAGGGGGCCGGCCGUGAGGACGGCAGCGGCGCCGACGCGGGCACAGUUCAGGGGGCCGGCCCGGGGGCCGAUAACACAGGAGCCCGGACAGUUCAGGGGGCCGGCCGUGAGGGAGGCAAUGGCGGCGACUCAGGCGAAGGCGGUCCGGGGGCCGCCCACGACGGCGAUGUCGCCUGGCCAGUGGCCUGGAAAGUGGCCAGUCAGCUGCAGACCCCGACGGGGUAGGACCAGGCGAGGCUGAAGACUCGGGGGGUAGGACCAGGCGAGGCUGAAGACUCGGA